AUGGUGUUUAAUCAUUGGAAAAGAAAAAGCGCAAGCCCGUGGUUUCACAAUUUCAAAUUUCGAAGAAAAACUAUUGUCUCUAUAAAUAGAUUAAGAAGUGGACAUACGUCCCUAGCUCACAGUUUAAAACGUUUUGAAAUAGUCAAUUCUGAACAAUAUCCAUGUGGUGAGGCAACAGAAGAACCGAACCACGUCUUCUGGCAAUGUAAACUAUAUGAGGAAGCUAGAAAGGGUUUAAUUCACGAUCUUGUCAAAGGAAAAAUUUUUCCGCCUUAUGAUAUCGAAGCCUUAUUAAGUGAAAUGAAUCCAAUAGCUGUGAUACCAUUAUCCAAGUUUAUAAAUACUAUUAACAUUAAUAUUUAA